UCGCACGCUCUUUGUCAGAUGCCCGACCAGACCGAUUCGUCACUUUAUUUUUAUCGUCCGUCGUCUUAUAUGUGUCGUUUUUUUAUUCAUUCGCUCCAUUGAUGAGACUUUCUGUCGUGCCACUCCUGUUUUUCGCGUUUCCCUUGUCCUUUCGCAACGAACCCGUCUGGAGCCAGCGGAAAAGUAUGCUCUAGUCGCCGCGCGAGUGUUUUGUGGAUAUUUCCCGUUCGUUUUCGCACCGUGGCCGCGUAAAAAGUGAAAAACAUGUCAACGUUCAACAGCUUCAAGGGUUGGUUUAGCAAGAAAUCCCAGAUUUCGGAGAUUGGAAUGCCCACGAACUUCACACAACACAUCCAUGUCAGUCGGAACUUGAUCACUGGCGACUUGGAGGGUUUGCCGCCAGCAUGGCUUCGGCAACUCAAUUCACAGAUCACGCAGGACGAACAGAACCAGAACCCGGACGCUGCCUACCAGGCCGUCAAGUUCUACAAUUACUCGAUCAAGAAGAAAGACAAUGCGGACGUGUUCAAGCCGUUCUUCACGGAGCAGACAAUUCACGAGGAGUCGGAGGAGAUAGACAAGUAUGUGAACCUGAAGAGCGCCCACAAGAGCCAGGACUCGCUGGGCGAGAGCCUGGACUCGUUCGGCGGGGAGAGCAGCGAGGACAGCUCCAACGAGCCGCCACCGCCGCUGCCCGCCAAGAAGUCCAUCACCUUGCCGCCGAAGCCCCAGAUCAAGCCAAAGCCGCGCAAUAUUUCGCCCCACAUCCCCCUCUCGAAAGGCGUUUCCGACUUGCGGAUCAUCGAGGAAAUUAACACAGACACGAUGAUCAUCAAACCGGCGCCCGAGGACGAUGACUCGAUCCUGCGCCGUUCGAAGGACAAACAUCCGCACAAAUCGGACGAGGAAGUCUACGACGAACUGCGAGCCAUCUGCAACCUGGAGGACCCAACAGAGCGGUACAAGACGAAGCUCGAGGUGGGAAAAGGCGCGUCUGGGAUAGUCUUCAUCGCGACCGACCUACAGUCGGCGCAGGACGUGGCGGUCAAAACCAUUGAUCUCAAGAAUCAGUCAUCCAAAGACCUGAUCCUGACGGAGAUCCGAGUCCUGAAGGACUUCAAUCACAAAAACUUAGUCAAUUUCCUUGAAUCAUACUUGCUCGAGCCCGAGGAUCAACUCUGGGUGGUUAUGGAAUACAUGGACGGCGGGCCGCUGACAGACGUCGUGACCGAGACAGUCAUGAAGGAGAAGCAAAUCGCCGCCGUGUGCCGGGAGGUUCUCUACGCCAUCAGUUUCCUUCACUCCAAAGGAAUCAUCCACCGUGAUAUCAAGUCGGACAACGUCCUGCUGGGCAUGGACGGCUCCGUAAAAGUCACGGACUUCGGGUUCUGUGCAAACAUAGAAGGCGACGAGAAGCGACAAACCAUGGUGGGAACCCCUUACUGGAUGGCUCCGGAAGUCGUGACGCGAAAGAAGUACGGAAAAAAGGUAGACAUAUGGUCCAUCGGGAUCAUGGCGAUAGAAAUGAUCGAGGGACAGCCGCCUUAUUUGAACGAGACUCCACUCCGGGCCCUCUAUCUUAUCGCGGCCAAUGGUCGUCCCGACAUCAAGAGCUGGGAGAAACUGUCCCCGAACCUGCAAGACUUCCUCGAUCGAUGCCUGCAAGUCGAAGUUGACAAACGAGCCACCGCUGACGAGCUAUUGAAGCAUCCAUUCCUCCAAGAUUGCAGCGAACUUCGAGCUCUGGUGCCGAACAUAAAAGCCGCGAAACGAGUGCUGCGCCGCCAGACGUGAUUAGCGGAUCAUUGACGUUGUGAUCAAGAAUGGAUUUAAGCCGGACCAUAAUCAAGUUUACAUUGCGUGUUUUUAUUUUUAAGCCAAGAUAGUCGAUAUCAGAGAAAUGUGCCUUUUCCUAAUCAGAUUGGUUUUACGAAUGUAAUCAUCGAAGGAACUGCCAUUCUACGUAUUCAAACAGAUCAAAACGUAUUCGACAUUCGAGCGUAAUGGAGCCGAUAGAAAACUAAAUCACGAAAAAUAUUGAAAUAAAAAUUAAGGGAAAAUCACUUCCCUUUGAAACAUUAAAAAAAUUUAAAUAGUUUAACUAUUUAUAGCGAGAAAUGUAAAAUUAUUUCCCAUAAAAUACGACACGGAUCCAUUCUGCUAUAAUUACAUUCGAUACAGUAAAUAAACUCCAAGGUUUAUAGUAUUUUUAUAUAAAAAGAAAUUAAAUGUGAAAAUCAAACACCAAUUUUUCGAUUUUUUUGGAAAGAAAAAAAUGUGCAUUGAGAGUAAGAUCAAUAUUUUUUAGCUGUAAUUAUUGAAGUCAUUAAUAUUUUGUAAAUAGAAAGUUUUAAGAAAGAUUUUUUUCUUUUAUAAUGGCAAUAAGACCGUAACGAAUUAUUUUUACUACAGUAACAGAUAAAAAGUAUUGUCCGAAUUGCACUUGCAAGUUUUCAUGCAUUUUCUUGAAACGAAAGCACAAAGUCAUUCAAUGAUAACACAAUUUUUAUACAAAUAGAUUUAUAAAUGUUUACAUUGACGUAUAUACACCCCAAAUAAAAGAACUGAAUUCUAAU